CUAUGCUGAAACUGGCUAAAAUCCUUUACGUCAGAGGCUUUCACGUCACCUUCGUCAACACCAUCUACAACCACAACCGUCUUCUUAGAUCCCGUGGCCCAAACGCCCUCGAUGGGCUUCCUUCGUUCCGUUUCGAGUCCAUCCCUGACGGUUUACCAGAGACGAACGUGGACGCCACGCAAGACAUCAGUGCCUUGUGCGACGCUGUCAAGAAGAACUGUCUCACUCCAUUUAAGGAGCUUCUCCGGCGGAUUAACUCCCAACAGAACGUUCCUCCGGUGAGCUGCAUUGUGUCAGAUGGUACAAUGAGCUUUACCCUUGACGCUGCGGAGGAGCUUGGUGUACCGGAGGUUCUUUUCUGGACCACAAGUGCUUGUGGCUUCAUGGCUUAUCUACACUUUCAUCUCUUCAUCGAGAAGGGUCUGUGUCCAUUAAAAGAUGAAAGUUACUUGACGAAGGAGUACUUAGAUACAGUUAUAGAUUGGAUACCGUCUAUGAAGAAUCUAACACUAAAGGAUAUUCCUAGCUUCAUUCGCACCACUAAUCCUGAUGACAUUAUGGUUAACUACGCCCUCCGUGAGACCGAGCGAGCCAUGGAGUUAACUUCAUUUGUAAAACUGAUGUUAACUUUAACGUCAAAAGUCUAACGAUAGUUUUGUUGAUUUUUAGUGUCAGUUAUACAAUGAUUUAAAACCGACGUAAUGUGCAUUUACCAAUUACAGUUUUUUUUUUUUUUGGACAAACAAUUAUUACAGUUUU